AUGGAAACGGUAAAGUCCUUCUUUUCUGCUGCCACAAACAUCUACAAACUGGCUAAAAAGGUGAAGGCCAACAAAAAGCGCUGCCAGCGGAUUUCGGUCCGAGUCAAAGCCUUCGAGGGAGGAUGUGGUGAAGUGCAUCACAGAGUUUCUCCACAGGUAGAGAAAGCCCUCGGGGAGCUGACCCUAACUCUGGAUUCAGCACAGAAGCUAAUUGAAAAAUACACUGCAGCCAACUUGGUGGAGCGCAUCCUGAAAUCGGGCAGCCACGGAGAAGAGUUUAAUACGGUGAGCGAGCGGCACACUGAUGCUUACCAGGUCCUGUGUGUAGCUCUGCAAUCAGAGCAGAGGGAGAUGCUGUACGAGGUGUUUAAACAGAGAGAGAAAGAAGACGAAAUGGACGGGAAGGAGGACGACACGGAGAUGACCAAAUUGCUAAUGGACUACAUAAAAGAGCAGCAGGAGAAAACCAACACCAUACUGAGACAGCUGGACAAAGUGGUGCAGAUGUUGAAUAAGCCCAGUUUCAGCAGCGUGGCUGUGCGACAGAUUAAACCACAUGAACUGAAGUAUGAACAUCCCAAAAAGCCCUUCAAGAUAACAGCAAGCUCCGAGCUCUACAAAGGAGAAUAUCAGGGAUUCCCAGUGGCCAUCAAGAGAUACAUCAACCCCAUGAACACCAGUGCACGGUUUGUGCCACAAGACGUGAAGUCUAUUUUCAACAAGGAAGUCGACACCAUGAAGCAGUUUGAGUCGCCCAACAUCCUGCGAAUGUUUGGAAUCUGCAUCCAGGAUGAGAACGGACCCAACCCUCAGUUCUUCAUCAUCAUGGAGUACUGUGAGAAAGGAAGUCUUCGCCAGGUUCUGGACUCUGACUACACUCUGACCUGGAUCAGGACAGCUGACAUGUGUUUGGAUGCAGCACGAGGACUCUAUCGUUUUGGAAUCAUCCUGUGGGAAAUUGUCACCUGCAAGAAUCCUUUUGAAGGUUUUUCAGAUGAAGAAAUUUAUCAGAAGGUGUGUAAAGAGAAGUAUCGAGAGCCGCUUCCUGAUGACUGUCCUGCAGAACUGGGACAGCUGAUCAACGAGUGCCGGGCCUACGACGGCUUCCAGAGGCCAUCAGCUGGAGUGCUGCUGGAUAAACUGCGCAGUGUGGUGACACAAAUGGAGGAACAACAAGACUGAUUAGAAU